AUGAGACCCGUAGAAUCAACGGAUACCGCUGGAAGAUUCCCCGGUCAAGAACAUCAGGCUGGGACGUUCAAGAUCCCGACUGUCAUAUGGUAUGAUCGGUCCGGGGUCGUGCAGGCAGCUGGAGCAGAGGCGGAACUCCCUGCCAACUUGGAUAAAGCGGAUGACCAUAACUGGGUUAAGGCAGAGUGGUUCAAGAUGCAUCUGCGCCCUCAAUCACUGGCAACUUCUGGUGACAUAAAUGCUAUCAAACCUCUUCCUCUGCGCAAAACCGUCGUUCAAGUGUUCGGAGACUUCCUCAAGUACAUGCUCAGCUGCGUUCGUUCCUUCAUUAAAGAUUCUCAUGGCAAUGGGAGGUCGAUCUGGGCUUCAUGUCAAAAUGACAUUCAAUAUGUUCUCACACAUCCAAAUGGGUGGGAGGGCUCACAACAAAGCAAGAUGCGAGAUUCUGCUGUGCAUGGCGGCCUCAUCCCGGACACCCACGUUGGACGCGAGCGGAUAUUCUUCGUAACGGAAGGCGAAGCUAGUCUUCAUUCCUGCCUCGCAAAUGGGUUGGCUGGUCGCCUGGAGACGGGAGACGGGAUCCUUAUCGCGGAUGCAGGAGGUGGCACCCUGGAUUUCAGCUCGUACCAAGUCACGUCCCUCAAUCCCCUGGAAGUUCGUGAACUCGUGCCAGCAGCUUGCUCUCUGCAAGGCUCCGUAUUUGUGAGCACUCGCGCCCGGAAAUUCUUCCAAGCUAAACUUGCGAACUCCCGAUAUGGCACACCGGAUUCCAUUGAUUACAUCACUCGGAGAUUCGAUGAGACUACAAAGAGGCUAUUUCGAGAUCCGUCCGAGUCUCAAGUCGUGGCGUUUGGAUCGCCAGUUGAUCGCGACCCUAACUUCGAUAUCCGGAACGGUCAAUUACGGCUGGUUGGGCAGGAUGUCUCCAAGUUCUUUGAGCCCUCCAUAGAGGCCGCCAAGACGACUAUUGAGCAGCACUUAUCAGAUUCGCAUGGUUUGGUCAAGUCCGUUUUCCUUGUCGGAGGAUUUGCAGCAUCUCCGUGGCUUUUGAAAUCCCUUCAAGACCACUUCUCCGGCGAUGAAGUCACCAUUAGCCGCCCUGAUGGUCACACUGCGAAGGCUGUUGCUGAAGGGGCCGUAUUAUAUCACCUCGAUCACCUUGUGGCGUCCAGAGUCGCCCGGUUCACAUAUGGCACCUACGUCUUCAGAGAUUAUAAUUUUGAAAACCCUGAGCACGCUAAGCGCUCCGGUUCCGUAGUGACGCACCGUCUCACGGGAACAAAGAUUUUGAAAAAAGGGUUUCGCGCUAUUUUGGACAAGGGCACGUCGGUCACGGAAACCAAAGAGUUCAGCACUGCCCUCACUUGUAAUUGGGGAGUGAAUGACGAUAUGUCCGAUGAAAAAGUGACCAUCGUGGUCUACCGAGGAAAUCGAAGCAAUAUUCUGUGGUUGGAUGAAGACGAAGCCCGGUUCUCCUCUUUAUGCGCCAUCGAGGCAGACAUGUCAGCAUUGAGGGCGCACCUCCAGCGGAAAACUGGGAAAACGGGGCGCGACUACAUAACCGCUUCCUGCCAAAUUAUACUCCACUUUGGAGCAGAGCUGAAAGCGCAAGUAUCUUGGAAAGAGAAUGGUGUAGAGAAACGGUGA